CUGCCAAGACACGGAAUUAAGACGCGCCUUCGCUUAUUUGUCGUCGUCGCUUUCGAGUCGCUUUUACCUAAGUCGUUGAAAUAAUCGCUUACAAAAUACAUACAAUCAUAAAAAAUCAAUGAACAAAUAGAAGCAAAAGAUUGUAUUGCACGCGUUUAUGAAAAUCGUUAAAGCGUGCUGGAAAAGAAAAAACAAAAACAAAAACACACCAUACAAAAAUAGCAACAAUUGUAGCCACACGUACGUACAUACCACCUGUUGCUGAGAGGAUAUUUUGCAGUUACCUUUCAUAUUUGGAAUCGUUGUCGAAUUUCGCUAUAGAACGGCCAGCCAAAGCGUUUAACGCUAAAAUUUGUCUAUUUUAGUCAACGCAAACGCUUCGUAGUGCUCAUACAGUGGCCCUGGACACGCUACCUAACUGAUCGCAGUCAACCAACAUCACCAAUACCGCACAAAUUUAACCCACACAUACACAUCAGAGACGCACAUUAUGAGGCAACAACAGUUAUUUGCAAUCGCCGCUUGCCUAUGCAGCGCCGCUGUAGUGCUCGUAUCCGCUGUACCACUGCCAGCUGGUAACCAGGAAUUAGAUAUGUUACAGAUUCCACUUUCAGAUGGGAAGGAACUGGAUGUUUUGACGCUUGGUGCCAAAGAUCAAGAACAAAUAAUCGCUGAACGAAAUAAACGAACGAUUGGUCUAUUGCGUGAGCUGUUCCCAGACAUCACAAAGAAUGGUGCAACAGACACACAAAUCGAUUUAUCAGCCAUAAACAAACAACUCGAGGAGACAAUACGUGUGGCGCGUCAAGUGAAGGAAGCUGAAGCGGCCGCACAAGCUAUUGCCCAACAACAACAAUCGACACAAUCAUCGAUACCCGCACAAUUGCCCAUACCAAGCAAAACGGAUCCCAAUGCGCCUAUUCAAUUGAGUUUUAACAAUGAGGUCGCGCCAUUGUCCUCCACUCCUGACAGCUCGAAGCCGGUUAACAAUGAUCUGCGCCUCUCCGAUUCAAAGUCACCAGCCAUUGAUGAACUUACCUUGGAUUCUAAUGAGGACACAGCCGAUUUAGAUGAUCGCAAUAAAAGCAAUUUGUUCAAAAGGUUCCUGAGCUUCGGUGGAGCCGGUGUAGCAGGCGGCUCAGGCGGUAAUGGCGGCAAUGCGGCACCCGGCGCUGGUUCCGGCAAUUUCCUGUUCGAUAUCAUACGUUUAUUCUCAGGCAGCGUGCAGACACAGGGUGGUGAUGAAGCAGCCAACGGCGCCAACAGCGUAAACGGCGGCGCUGAUGCCAAUGGUGAUAGCGAUGCGAAUCGCGCUGCUGAUGGUUUCACGGAAGGUAUUCCCGGUCCAGUAACACGAUUGGUGGUGCUGGCGAACAGAGGAUUGGCCAAUCUGAUACAGGAUUUGAUCUUGCGCAUUGCGGCAACCAGCGAAAAGUUCGUCAACUUCAAGGCCAAACUGAUUACAGCUUUGAUCUAAGCUUGCUGGCCCCAUCAGCUGCAGGAUGCUGUCUUCAUCUCAUACUUAUUGCCUUUUCCCCAUACUUAAUACUCUGCAUACACCGUGAAACAUUACUUUAGACCAAUUAUGAUUAGCUGAAAUUUCAAUAAUAUGUAUUAGACACAAAUCAUUACAAGGCAGCAAAAAUAUUUAGUGAAAAGCGCAGAGAAAAUUAUGUAACCAAUAGGAAUGUUUGAAAAAUUAUAGCAUAUUUAUUUAGUAUGAUCACAUGCAGGACAACAAACAUUUAAUGUAAAUUUAGAAAAUGCUAAACUAUCCACAUCCACAAACGUGAGAAGUACACAUAUACAUCAAUCACUGAAUCCGAAGGCUUUUUGUAAAAAACCGUCAACAGAAGUGACCACCCAACCAUAUUUUUCGAAACAAACAUGCAAACGAACUAUCAGCAAUUUCCGUUGAGCUACUCCUAAUUGUAUUUAUUUUUAAAUGAGCUGAACGGUGAUAACACAAAAAUAUAAUGCAAUGUAUAAACUGAGCUAAUACACGAAUAAGCAAGACGAAAAAACGGAGAAAACCCAGAUUUCCAAAACGAAGUUGCAGAGCUGCGUUGUUGAGCGACGCGUCGCUGUACUCCCCUAACAUGCCGAUAACGAUUAUAAGGUGCGCAAGUGGACUAAAACAAAUAAACGACGCAUUUAUGAAGUGAAGUAGAAAAGUCUAAAUAUUCACACUCAUCGCCAUCCGUGCAGCACACUAAAGCUAUAAUCGAUUUCAAACCAGCUAUCAUCUAACGCGAUCGUACUUCUUUUAUCGAUUACCGAUUACUGUUUACUGAGGCUGUAGUCGCAUAAUUCCACUCAACCAUUCCAUUACUGCUUGUACAUAAGGGCUAUUACUUCGAUAACUGUUUUUUUUUUCAACUACAAUUCUUCACAACUUUAUUACUAUUUUAUGUAUAUACAUAUUUCUUCCUAUAUAAAUAUUUCCUUUAUUAUAAUUAUAUAAAAAAAAACCUUAAAUGACUGUGGUGUUUUAUAAACUAUGUACUUAAUUUUUAUUGUAUUUUGUGUUUUAAGUUUAAAAAUCUUAAAAUCACAUUACUUGCAAUCGGUGGCACAAAAGGUUGUUGCUACAAACAAACUAAACUUGAACUUGUCAAAAUUCUUGCUCGAUAGUUGUUGUUAAAUUUAUUUGGCUUAACUAAUUUACAAAAAAAAAAAAGAAAAAUUAUAUAUUUUUAAUAGAACGGAACAGUGAGAAAUAUGUUCAAAGGAAUGUUGUCAAUAAUUUAAAUUAAGUUAAACGAAAUCCAUAUGAAAUUUAGUUUAAGUAUUUUUGUUUAAUUUUAUGACUUUUUUAUUUUGCUCUUAAUUUGUAAACGAUUUUUUGUAAUUUUUGUAAAAUCCCUAAUUUUAAAUGGUUACCUUUCAGAUAUGAGCUACUUACUCGUCAAAUAAUAUAUAUACAAUGGCAUGGAUUAUUUGUUAAAAUACAGAAAGUAAAAAACACUAUCUUCCACAAUUGUAUAUAUGUAUGUAUAUCUCGAAACAUUUGCAUAGCAAAUUUUUGAAAAUUAUUUACAAAAUCCAAAUUUUGUAUAACUGUAUGUAUAUUUGCUUAUAAAUUUAAUUCUG